UGACACUGGCUGUACAGCUGCGUGAGUUUAUUUUACCUGCGAUCAUAGAUGUGACUAAAUACUAGACUAAUGACAUGUGAUAGAGUGUUGUAGAGUACAUGGUCAUAGACAUUUCGAUCUUGUGUAUUAGAAUCAAAGGCCAUCCAAGCUUAUGUGUUCAUAGCUGGACGCAAUUACUACCGGCCAGCCUGUCACACACACACACACAAAACAUCGAAUGGUUGAAGACAUUAAUGUAUGAUGCAAUUCUAGUGUUUUUCGUGUGUUUGUGACAUUUCCAUCAGGAAAACCUACAAGGCACUAAGUGAACUACUGAACAUUGUUUCUAGAAAACAAUUACUUUAGCGCUCUAAGAAAUUACUGUGACUCAAAUCAAAUUUUGGAGAAAAGAUUACAAAAUGUUGCGGGCUGUUCAAAGGGCGACCAAUGUAGUCUACCAGGAGCACCAUGUAUCUCGAGACAAGAGAGGCAAGGCUGUAGGACAGAAAGGUGGCUUCCGUGGUUGCACUGUGUGGUUGACUGGCUUGUCUGGCGCUGGCAAGACCACCAUUUCAUUUGCUCUGGAGGAGUAUCUGGUUGGCCAAGGCAUUCCUGCCUACUGUCUGGACGGUGACAACAUUAGAACUGGCUUAAACAAAAAUCUGGGUUUCUCACAGGAGGACAGAGAGGAGAAUAUUAGACGUAUUGCUGAAGUGGCCAAACUUUUUGCAGAUGGUGGCAUUGUGUGCAUUACUUCAUUCAUCAGUCCUUUUAGAGCUGAUCGAGACAAUGCUAGAGAGCUCCAUGAGAAGGCUGGCCUCCGGUUCUUUGAGUGCUAUGUGGAUACUCCCAUUGAAAUUUGUGAGAAGAGAGACACUAAAGGCUUGUACAAGAAGGCCAGGGCUGGAUUAAUUAAAGGUUUCACUGGUGUAGACCAACCUUAUGAGAAGCCAGAAAAGCCAGAUGUUGAUCUACUUGCUGGAGAGCUCUCUGUUGAUGAAUGUGUGCAGGAAGUAGUCACUUUGCUAGCAAACAAUGAUAUAGUCCCACGUGGAGCUUUGCAAGCUGUUCGUGAACUCUUUGUUCCAGAAGCCCAAAAAGAGGCUGCCAAGGCAGAAGCUGCCACUCUUCCAUCUGUAGAAAUCGGAAUGGUAGAUCUUCAGUGGACUCAAGUUCUAGCUGAAGGAUGGGCCACACCAAUAUCUGGAUUUAUGAGAGAAAAAGAAUAUCUACAAUCUCAACAUUUUGGAUGUUUACUUGAUAAUGGUGUUAUAAACCAGUCUAUACCUUUGGUCCUACCCAUUAAAACAUCUGAUAAAGAAAAACUUGACAAAUGUGAGGCAAUUACACUGAAAUAUGAAGGAAAAGAUAUUGCCAUUCUACGCAAGCCAGAGUUUUAUCCACAUAACAAAGAAGAGCGGUGUGGGCGACAAUUUGGCACCACUAAUCCUGGGCAUCCAUACGUCAAGAUGAUAAUGGAGAGUGGUGAUUGGCUAGUUGGUGGUGAUCUAGAAGUGCUAGACAGGAUUUAUUGGAAUGAUGGUCUAGAUCAGUACAGACUAACACCUAAAGAACUAAGACAAAGAUUCAGAGAAAUUGGGGCAGAUGCAGUUUUUGCCUUUCAGUUGAGAAACCCAGUGCACAAUGGCCAUGCACUUCUCAUGACAGAUACCAAGAAAAAGCUUUUAGCUAGGGGCUACAAGAAACCAGUAUUACUGCUACAUCCAUUAGGUGGCUGGACCAAAGAUGAUGAUGUCCCAUUACCAUGGAGAAUGAAGCAACAUCAGGCUAUUUUAGAGGAGAAAAUUUUAGAUCCAGAGUCCACAGUUAUAGCCAUCUUUCCAUCACCAAUGAUGUAUGCAGGACCAACAGAGGUACAGUGGCAUGCUAAGGCUAGAAUGUCUACAGGAGCCAAUUUCUAUAUAGUGGGUAGAGAUCCAGCAGGGAUGCCACAUCCAGACGGAGGAAGAGAUCUAUAUGACCCCACACAUGGUGCAAAGGUUUUAACCAUGGCACCAGGCCUAACACUUUUAGAGAUAGUUCCUUUCAGAGUGGCAGCAUACAACAACCGCAAACGAGCUAUGGAUUUCUUUGACCCAGAACACAAGGAAGAUUUUGAGUUCAUUUCUGGCACACGCAUGAGAAAAAUGGCACGCGAGAACAUUGACCCGCCAGAUGGUUUCAUGUCCCAGAAAGCCUGGGGGGUCAUGGUGGAGUACUACCAGUCUCUUGGCAAGCAGUAGACAGUGAAAACUAGGUCAAGCCUUCAUGCUCAUCUGCUGACUAUCACCCUGACUGUUCCAGGAAAAGAAAUGUAUGAACAAAUAUUCCUCUUGACCUUUUCUCCACUAUCAAACUUUUUUUUAUUCUGAGAGUUGUUUUUUAUUCGACUAGGUUUACACUGUUGUCUGGUUUAACUGGGUAUUUUGUUAAAAAUUACUUGUAUUAUUGAUUCUUAAAUACUGAUACCACAGAGAUUUUUUCUAAAAGUAAGUCGUCUGAAAACUAUUGUUUUGUCUCUAAUUAUAUUUUCCUUAGACUAAAAACAAAAUCUUAGUUAUUUUGUAUCAUGUUUUUUUCUCUAGAUGUGUCUAAGUUUGUAUUGGGACCAGCCUAAGUAUUUUUAUAGGAAUCAUUUAGUGGGUAGCCCUAUCAUUUUGACACAUGUAACAAAAAAAAUAAUUUAAUUAUUAAACUAUGACUGUUUAUUCAAAACACUGUUGAUUGUUAAAUACUCGGAACUUAAAUAAAUUAUAUUGCUGACUCUUAUGAUUUUACUAAUAUCAAAUUUGUACCUGUGUAAACUCUAUCUAUAUAUGCAUUUGUGAUAAGACAAGAGAAAGUAGUGAUAAGAUAUAGAAGAAACUAUGUGAUUCAUUUCUUUUAUCAUAUCUUGCUUUAUGUAUGCUUACUAUUUGUAACUAUAAGGUGGAUCUUUUAUUCCUAACAUUUAACAUAACUUUUUAAUGAUAAAUGUUGUUGUAGGUCAUCUUUUUUUUUCUGAAAAUUUGAAAUUAAUUUAACAAAAAUUUGUAUAAACUUUAUGAAGACACCCUAAAAAAGUUUCAUUUCUUUUGGUCUGUUUUUAAAUUGGACAUUACAGAACAAGGUAGUCAUUUGUUUUCUUCACUCAACUCUCUGAGCUUAAAAAAUAGCUUGUGGUUUUAAAUUCUAGACAACUGUUUCCAAACUUUUCAUGAAAGAUCUUUCAGGACAUCUUGAUGACAUCAUGACUUUUUGGGAAUAGCAGUCAUGAGUCAUGUAUUAAGAAACACUGUUCUAAAUGACAAAUCUCUUAUGUAUUCUUAAACUGGGCUGAAAUUCUACUUCACACUUUGUAUUUUAAAUGAAUAAUGAUGUCAUUACGACUGUUAGUUAUUAAUUAAGACUUUUAAAAAGGAAUAUGCUACAUUAAGUAUUUAAUAAUGACAUAAUUAUUGUUGAUCUAUAAAUUUACAUUGGUUAACAGAAGUAUUGUUGUUCUAUUCAUAUCAAUAAUUAUGCACCCAAACACACACAAAAAUCUGUUAAUGUCAUCACCUAAAAUGUUUGUCCAAAUACUGAUCUGUGAGGCUGACUGUGUUACAUUUAGAUCAUUUAAGUGCCAGUAAAUUAUUGAUUGUCUGCUGCAUCUUUUCUCUUCAGUGGGAUCAAUGUUGUUGAUUUUUGUUUUUUUCAAUGCUUUAUUGUUUCUUUUUAUCUAAAAAAUCAUUUAAAAUUGUAAUGAAUCAAGCUAUAGUAUUGACAGUAUAAAAGCAAGAUUUGGGAAUCUAAAUAUAUUUUUAAAAAAAUCUUGGGAACAAA